AUGGACGCCGCUCACCCCGGCUGGAGCCAGACCUUCACCAGCAACAUCCAGACCGUGGAUCCUCACGCUUUGAUGGCCCGUGGCAGCAGCCCCGAGAGCCAGUCUGUCAACUGCCACUUGGACAGUGGAAAGGGAGCUGCCAACUGUGUCGACAUCCGUGAUGGCGCCCGUUACCUUGGAUCCAUCGACAGCCCUGCCCCCAAUAACUCCCCUCACAGCUGCGGCUGUGUUAGCUGCGCUUACAACUCCGCUAUUUGGUGGUGCAAUGACAAUGACUCCGUCAAGGAAAUCACCUGGAAGAACAUUGCGAGCAGCGCCUGGUUUCUCCAGGACAACUGCUGGUACUACGAGGGAAGAACCGAGAAGGUUUCCGCCCAGGAGUUCACGAAGGACAAGUGGAAUGUCUAUGUGACUGGGGACAGGUGCUAA